AUGUCUCGGAGAGCCCUUGUCAAAGCCUCUGAGCAUCAUGUGUGCGCACCUCACAUAGCAAAGCUUAUUCCCCCAGGACUCGCACUAUACACGCCUACACCUACAAAGCGAUUUGCCCAUGUGGAAGCAUCGGCGGUUGCAGAGGUGCCGGAUGCAUCGGACUUGUCAGCCCAAACCUCUCCUGAACCGAAGGUGGUCCUCUUCCCCCCGUCAAGAGAGCAGCAGGUCGCGAUCGAUGCUUUGCUUUACUCAGACGACAACCUGAUCGUGGAUGCCUGUGCAGGUUCUGGAAAGACUACGACCAUACUGCAUCUCGCGCAGUCAGCCCCAGGCACCAGAUUCUUGGUUCUCGUCUACAAUCGACGCUUGAUGCUGGAGACUGAAGAGAGAGUGCAAGCACUGGGGCUGCAGAAUAUCACUGUUCUCAACUAUCACUCUUUGGGGGCACGCUUCUAUACCGCCGAGUGUGGUACAGACCAGGGUCUCAAGCGAGUUGUGGAAGAUGACAUGUCCGUUAUGGACAACACGGAGCUGCCCGACUUUUCUGUCCUGGUCAUGGAUGAACAGCAGGACAUGACGCCCAUUUUGAAACGCUUUGUAGAUAAAGUGAUACGCGACAAGAAUUUCGCCACCAACAGGAAUCGGUCAGCCGCUGCCAAAAACAAGUUGAGGGUUGUUGUGCUUGGUGACAGAAGACAGGAGGUGUAUGGCUUCAACAACGCCGACUCGAGGUUCCUCACAAUGGCUUCCCGACCAGAAGUCUUUGGCUACAUUAACGAACACGGCUGGAAGUCCGCCGACCAGUCCACGUCGAACCGCAUCACCCAGCAGAAUGUCGACUUCAUCAACCAGCAGAUGCUCAAGAAACCCCUGGGCGAGGCAAUGCGGGCCGUCAGGAACCAGAAAAUAGACGGAAGUGCGUACCCAAAGCCACGAUACGUCAUCUGUGAUCCCUACGAAGAUCUCUUGGACGAAGUUUCGAGGCUUCUGGGAAUGGGUGAUCUGUCGCCCACGGACAUCAUCGUGCUAGCACCAUCUGUACGCGGCUCGUCACCAGCCAUCUACCUAGCAAAUGCGCUUGCAUUGAGGGGGAUUCCUGUAUUCAGAUCAGACUCUGAUGUCUCGGACAUUGCUCCUGAAGUGGCUCACGGAAAGGUGCUCAUCUGCACCUAUCACCAGGCAAAGGGAAUCGAACGCAAGGCCGCGAUCGUGCUCGGCUUCGAUCAGAAUUAUCACAACUGGUACGACAAGGUCGUUGCGCCUCCAACAUCCACGAGCAACCCACAGUACGUCGCUACCACGCGGGCGCUUGAGCACCUGGUCGUCAUCCAUGAGUAUCGAAGUCCACCUCUCCCAUUUGUCGACCUCGACACCGUGAAUGCGUCGUGUGACUUUGUCGUCACGCGCCCUAUACAAAUUGAAGAACCGAGACCGAGACGCGCCAUCCAAAAUUUCAACGUCACUGGGCUGUGCAGAAACCUCUCGGAGACACUCAUCACGGAUUGUCUGCAGCGUCUCGAGGUCCGUAAUCUGGCCGGUCCGGCGUACGGAGUGUCACCCUCACCGCCCACUGAGAUCAGAGACAAGACCGGCCUCCUUGAGGGUGUCUCAAACGUCACAGGCACUGCAGUUCCUGCCAUAUUUCAGUGGCGGCAGAGGAGAAGGCUCGGGAUCCUCUCUGGACCCUUGAAACUGCUGGAGCCACCGAAACGCCAGACAAGACGACCCAACCCGCUGCGCCAGCUCCCGAAAGACUUCUACGAGAAGAUCAAAGAUAUCAAGGAUGCCUAUGACGGCGAUGGACCUGUGGGGACAGACGACAUCCUGUAUCUCUCGGCCCUCGAGAUGGCCGCCAAGGACAAGGACAUCACAAAACUCCUCUCCAUCCCGCUGGAUGAGUACACUUGGCUCGCAGAGCCACACUGCAGGGACAUCCACUACACGCUCAACAACCUCCCCAGUCCAGCAAAGAUUUCAGGACGCGGGAUCCUGUUCGAGGCCAUCCGGUACCGCAAGUUCCCCACCAUCACCCAUGGCGGCGGACCCGUCAACCCAGAGAAGAAAAAAGGCGUCAUCGUAGCUGGCGCCAUGGACAUCUGCCGCCUUCAAGGCACCAGCAAGACCGUCUGGGAGAUAAAGAACAGCGAGUCCCUCCAGCCAGAGCACCUCCUCCAGGUCGCCCUGUACAUCCUCCUCCUUGGAGAGCCCGCGUCCGGUUUUCUGGUGUCAUCUCGCACGGGACAGGCGGUGCAGGUCCUACCCAGGACGCCACAGUCUCUGAUGGAGAUUCUGCAGCUCCUCGUGAACGCCAAGUCUGGGGGCGAGCAGACCAGGCUGCUGAAUACGUACUCGGAUGACGAGUUCUUGGAAGAGUGCGGGAGGAACUUUGGGGGUUUGGUUGGCAAGUGUGCGCUCCCGGCCUGGUUUGCGAUGAAGCCGACUGGGUCCAAGUACAUUGGAUCCUAUAGAGGGCAAACUAGAAGGAGGAGACAUAGUACGGAGAAGGAAGAAUAG